CGGCCUAGGUCCGUGAGGCGGCUUUCCCGCAGCGGGUUCCGGCCAUUGCUGCUCCCACCUUCUUCCGCGACGCUAUUGCUGCUGCUGCUGCUGCUGCUCUCGGUGCCGGCGCCCCUCUCCUUUCUCGUCUCUUCUUCGUUAGGCCCAACCGGACCCGGAAAUGGCUGACCAGCUUACCGAAGAGCAAAUUGCAGAAUUCAAGGAGGCCUUCUCCCUCUUUGACAAGGAUGGGGAUGGCACUAUCACCACCAAGGAACUUGGCACCGUGAUGCGCUCCUUGGGGCAGAACCCCACUGAGGCUGAACUUCAGGAUAUGAUCAACGAGGUGGACGCUGACGGGAAUGGCACCAUUGACUUCCCCGAGUUCUUGACCAUGAUGGCCAGGAAAAUGAAGGACACGGACAGCGAGGAGGAGAUCCGAGAGGCGUUCAGAGUGUUUGACAAGGAUGGGAACGGCUACAUCAGUGCGGCUGAGCUACGCCACGUGAUGACAAACUUAGGGGAGAAACUGACCGACGAGGAGGUGGACGAAAUGAUACGGGAGGCAGAUAUUGACGGGGAUGGGCAGGUCAACUAUGAAGAGUUUGUGCAGAUGAUGACUGCAAAGUGAAGCCCGCAGAAUGGGUGGCUGGCAAUGCCUGUUCUCCUUCAAUACUUUUCUCCAACACACUCUCUCUACUUAAGUAACCUGGUUCUCUAAGCAAACAAUCAGCUGUGGAAUAAAUCUGACCAAGUAAUUAAAAACAAAACAAAAAAAAUUACAAAAAACCCUUCCCAAGCUGCAUGAUUGCACUCAUCUCUUCCUCCUCUUGCUCUUUCCCCCUUUCCUCCCUCCUUCCUUCCUUCCUUCUUUCCUUCCCUCCUUCCCAGUCCAUCCCCUAACGGUCUGCCCCCAGGCCCCAUAACCUUGUGGAUGUCUUUGUUUCCAUCGGGUCUCCUUCUGUUCUGCGGUCAGAGCUGGCCCGUCUCCCAGGGUGCAGAUUUUUCUUUCUUUCAAAGAAAUCCACAUGACGGGGUGGAGAGAGCGCAAAAAAACAAACAAAACAUAAUAAUACUGAUGAUAAUAACAAAAAAACACAAACCUUACUCGUUUUGCAUGUGUCUGGCGCUGUGGUCGUGUGUGCGUGGUCGCCACCGAAGGGUCUUGCCCCAGCGAACACCAAGGGGGUACAAAAAGGAAGAAAUGGGAAUGUUUUCUUUGUCUGGGUUCUUAAUUUUAUUUUAUUUCUCUCGUAUUUUGCUUUCAUAGAGGGGAGGGGGGAAGCCUUUCUGGGUUCCCAGAAAGCUCUUUAUAGGAAGAGAGGGAUUUCUUUUGGAGGGCGGGAAGCUUCCUAUACUGUCGGAUUGGCUCUUUUACAAACAAACCCGCAAACUUUUGACGUUCUUGAACCCCUGUACAAAUUGUAAAUGUCCUUCACUCUUUUUUUUUUUCUUUUCGUCCUAAGCAUUGUGCCCAGACAUCAGAGCUGCUAUGUAAAUAUCUGAUGCCGCAGGAGGAUGCUUUUGAUUGGCAGCUGGAGGGGAGGGACUUUUAGGGAAAGGGGUUGUGUGAAUUUUCGGAAAGGAACCGCAAUAAAAUGGUGAAGUCGAUGCCAACGGGGCCCUUCCUGUCCCUUUUCCCUUGUGCGACGCAUUUCCCCUUCCCCAGUGGCUCUUGGUUUAACGCUUGUGCCGCCCCUUGGCUUCUCCUCCUCCUCCUUCUUCGGUGUCUCUGCUCUUCAGUGUCGCUUCCUUAACUUCGCCUGCUUCCCUUCCCCGGGCUUUUCCUUUUGCGGCAGACAGCAUGAGCCGCUGAUGACUCCAUGCUUUUUGUCUCUUUAUUUUUUAAAAAAUCAGAUAACAACAGCAAAAGAAAAAGGAUCUCUUUUUUUUUGUGAAACGAACAGCGGGAUUUUUUUUCCCCUGAAAAAAACAAAAAACAAACACAACCGGGCGAAAGAAAGAGUGCUUUGCGCAGUCCCGUUGCGGCGGGGUUUUUUGAGGCCGCGCUCCCGUGGGGUUUUCCGGCCUCCUGCCGCCUGUCUCCGCAAACAAGCGAGCGAGCGCCAAGCCGUUGGGGGCGGAGGGGGUCUCGCACCUGAGAGCUUUGGGGAGGGGGCGUGGGGGGCGGCACGGCAGGAGCGGGAGUGUCUUUGAGCGCAGGUGGUGUCGUGUUCAGUGGAAGCUGUGGAAAUAAAAAUUAUAUCAAUGUUUUCCAAUAAAAUGCAGUGACUACCUGA